GCAACCCGGAAGGAUACGGGGCCGCUCACGAAACGCCCCCAGCCGAGCAGGGCGCGGGCGGGCGCCCGCACGCCCCGAGGCUCCCCCUGCCCCGCGGACCUGCCCCCGCCGGGCAGCAGGCGCCGGCAGCGCAGCCGCGCCCCCAGGCCCCGCCGGCGCCCGGCCCCAGCCCCAGCACCGCGGCGCCCGCCCCGCGCCGGCGCCGCCGAGGCGGCCACGCCCCGCGCCGGGAGCCUCUGCGGGCCAUGGCGGCGCCGCCGCGGCCGGUGCUGGCCCGAGCGCUGCUGCAGCAGUGCGUGUCCGCUCGGCUGCAGGUGAAGCCGCCCGAGCCCGGCUCCGAGGCCGAGUGGGUGGAGAUCCAGAGAGGGCUUGUUAUCUACAUAUGCUUCUUCAAAGGUGCUGAUGAGGAUCUUGUUCCAAAAAUUGUUAAUAUGCUGUUGAAUGUUCAAUUAAGCGAAAGUGAAAGUGGCAAGUACGUUUCUGUGCUUGAUUUACCAGGCAAUGUGCUAAUCAUACCUCAAGCUACGCUAGGUGGUAAACUGAAGGGAAAAAGGAUGCAGUACCAUACCAACACUGAAAAAGAAAAAGGGCUCGUACUUUAUUCUCAGUUUGUGACUCUGUGUGAAAAAGAAAUGGCUGCCAAUGCCAAAUGCAUGGAAGCAGGUGUUUUUGUUAAGCAUGGCACGUAUGGAAACAGACAGGUGUUAAAACUGGAUACAAAUGGACCUUUCACUCAUCUGAUUGAAUUUUGAAAAAAUAAAUGAUAUCCUGCAUACAG